AUGGCGAGUGUUAGUUGUGGAGAUGAUGCAAAGCCAAUAAGAUCAACAGCGACAGCAAGUGGAAAGCCGAGAAGAGAGGCAAGAUCCAGCCCCACUGCUGAAAAUAUUCCGGCAGCAAAGAAAACAAAGGUAGCAAACCGUUUGGAACCUUCUCGCUCCAUUUCUACUCAAACACUGUUCCGUGACUUGGCUGCUGGAUGGAUUGAGAAGGAGAUGGUUUGGUACUCUAAAGCCGACUACAAACCCAUUGACAACAAAGGAAAAGAAAAGGUGGCUGACGACCAUUUGAAGGGAGUAUACAUGUCAGCUCUUUUCAUCACCCUGAUGCCUGGACCUAUUCACGGGUCAGUUGAUGGUGCAUUUUCUGACGUGAUUGGUGAAUACGUGAGGCAAAACAAUUUGGCUACAUUCGUUAACAAGUGCCACAGUGGAGGUGGCACCUACCAACCAGACAUUUCGAUUGCACCAGUGUAUCCAGACCCAAAUCCACCAACUGGAAUUGCUGAUGUGGACAUGGAUAGAGACGCUCCACAAUACCGGGUUGUUGUGGAGUUUGAGUUUGGCAAUCAGAAUGCUGAUGCCCUUCAGGAAGUUGGGCACGUUGUUCUCAGUCAUCACUAUGGAAGCUUGUUCAUCGGGAUACAAGUCUGGAAGAAGGAGGGCAUUGGAGCUCGAAAUGCAGGCUGUUUUGGAGCUGCCUUGGUUGUCUGGGAGAAGAACCAUACUACUGGAGAUAUGACCGUUCGCCAUGCAUUUGAUUUUGGAACAAAGUCACUUUCAACUCAAACAAAGAAUGCUUGGAACAAGGCGGCAACACCGCUUAUAAAUAUGCUUCCACAGGUUCCAGUAGACAGAUAG